UUAGAAGCAUCUGAAGUUUCCCAUAACUUCUACUUUAAACUCAAUUUUUCAACUUCUGCUCAGCUUUCAAAAGCAGUAAAUUUAUCUAAGUUGUAAGAAAAUCUACGAAAAUUUGAACACAGUUACAGAAAAAAACUUUUAAAAAUGUCGAACUUUAAAAAAUUGUUCUUAAUGGGUUGCUUCGUAAUACUUUCAAUGCCUUGUUUUGCAUCCAAAAAACCCAACGAAGGCCAUCCAAGUUGCCCCAAAUGCGAGAAUGUGAGGUGCCCGAAACCAAAACCAGAAGAUGACGUCAUAUGUGGCGUGGACAUGGUCUUAGACGUGUGUGGCUGUUGUCCAGUCUGUCCUCUCUCGGAUGGGGACUCGUGUUUGAGAGACAGCCACGAAACACUAACCAGACCAUGUGGAUUCGGAACAGAUUGUAUUAUGUCGGCCGAUGGAUCUGCCGAUGAUUUGAACGGAGUCUGUACCUGUCCUAUUACGUCACAGAAGGUGUGUGGCAGUGACGGUGUGUUGUAUGAGACAGUGUGUCAGUUCCACGAGGCACAAGCCAGAGCCAAGAAGAGCCACGACGAGCCAGUGUACAUGGUCAGAGGAGACAGUCCCUGUCUGACCAGACCCAAAAUCAUCAAAAUCACACCCACUCCUCACCUGGUCAAGGUGGGUGAGAACGUGAGUAUAUCGUGUGAGGGGGUAGGCUACCCUACUCCUGGGAUAGUGUGGACUAGGGAGGUGGGCGAGGGGGGAUUCAGAGAUGACCUGCCGGGGGAUGAGGAGAAUGUGUCCAUUCAGACCAGAGGGGGACCCACUUCACACUCAACCACUGCAUGGCUCUCUUUCUCGCCUCUGAAGAAAGAAGACGUGGCUUCCUACAGCUGCCAUGCAAUCAACAACAAAGGAGCCGACACAAAGAAUGUCGAACUCACCACCAGUCUCGACAAGCAAAGAGGAGAACUCUAAGAAUGAGUUUCAAAAAACUUUUUUUUUGCAACAGAAGUUUUUUGCAACAAAAACCAUAUAUCGAACUCACUAAACUAUAAAACUUUGAGUUUAACCUCUAACGACUUACCAGUGCACUCUCUAAUAACUAAGCACAGCUAACAGACUGUUUAAAAACCUUCAAGGAAAACAAGGAGUCCAUAAAAAACGGCUGACAUCAAAAAAUCAAAAUUCG